AUGGUAUUUGAGCAGGGAGGGUGCAGGAUUGGGUGCACGAUGGCUCUAUCAAGGCUGGUCCUUUUCACCUCUCUCCUCUCCGCCUGGACUUCGGCCGUCCCCCUCACAAAACGCGCCACCGAUGUGGUACAAGGAAAACUCGGUAGUGACGGGUUCUGGAAUGACUACGACGGUGGUCAGAAUAGUUACACACAAUACACAGGGAACGGUUCGAUAGCAUCUGGAUGGCCGUCGAGCCUGUCGUGGAUAUCCUUCAACGACAUGUGGACCGCCAACCAGAAGACCAUCUCCCGAAGCUGCAACAACCUCUACAAUCAGCCCAACAAUUCGGACCAAGAAAUCCAAGAUCUCUAUGAUGCCAUUAAACAGAUCUCACAGCAGACGCGGGUAGAUCACAGGUUCAUCUUGGCCGCAGUAAUGCAGGAGACAGGAGGAUGUGUGCGUGCCAAGACGACCGUCUCGCCAGAUGGCACCGUGAGGAACCCGGGACUCCUGCAAUCUUUCAGGGGCACUCACUCUUGCAAUGACAAUGGCAAAGUGCAGAAUCCGUGCCCGAAGGACCAGAUUUUGGGCAUGAUCUCGGAUGGAGUUGCUGGCACGGCUAGUGGCCACGGAUACGCAUCUGACAUCAACGCUCAAGCCGACGUUGCCGACAUCGACUACGCGGAGGGCUACUAUCGAGGGGCACGACUGUACAACUCGGGCGCGAUUGACGCGUCAGGAGAUCUGGGUAAGGGUUCAGCCACGCAUUGCUACGCCAGUGAUAUCGCCAACAGGCUGACGGGGUGGACGGACGCCCCAUCGGCAUGUACGCUGGACGACAACUAA